AUGCACUCACGCUCGCUCGCAAACUGCUUUGCCAUUCUGCUCGUUUUCGUUAUUGCGGCCAUUGCAGCUCCUGGUCCAGGCUUCCCUCCUAGGUACCCUACGAAAUGCUACACCUCGGUUGUCACAAACCCGCCACGGGCUCCUCAUACAAGCUGGUCGACGUUGACGACUUCUUGCACAUCGACAAUUACGAUUACUAGCACCGCUACACCAACCACGACCUCGACCGUCACUGUGACUACUUCGACAACCUCGACGGCACCUGCUACUACCUUGACCGCGACUGAGACCACGACCGAGACAGACCUAACGACAACAACGACAACGACAACCACCACCACAACCACCACCACCACGACCGAGAGCACAUCGCUUGUACCAGCGUCGACUGGUUUCUUGCCCGUCGGAUCAACGGUGCCAGGCGCCUCCGACAGCCAAAAUCUGUUGAAGAACCGCGGGCUCAGCGCUGGUGCCAAUGUUGAUGCCAGCGUGGACGUGUCCCCAAUUCAACGUGGUUAUAGCCCCGGCUUCGUCCGACCAGGAGGGCGUGGAAAUGUGUGGUGCUACGAAUAUCACAGCAAGUGCUCCACCACUACGACAACUAUAACAACGUCAGCACCGACAUCGACAAUUACUGCAACAACUACUAUCGUAUCAACAAUCACUACAACCCCAGGAGCGAGUACAACCACCACGGUCACGGACACCACCACCUCGACCGUGACCAAUACAGAGACAGACACCGCCACAACUGUUGCCUCGUUGUACACCUCGACCACAACCGUCUAUGCUGCUUGCGCAACCAACAAUGUGGCCCUGUAUGUCAAUACACUUCCAGUCGAUGGCUUCUCCGGGAAUGGAUCUCCUCUACACGCAGAUGCGACGACCGUGUACGACUGCUGCGUCUCAGCGCUCCUGAAUCCCCUAGGUGCACUGUGGGCAUUUAAUGUCCACAGCCCUGUUACAGGGUGCGAUAUAGCACUCUCGGCAGACGGCGUGUGUGCUGCGGGCCAAUUGUCCAACGGCGUUGGCAACACAAUUGACGUGGACAGCGACACGGCAGAUUCACCCACCUGGGCUGUCGGAAAUGCUUACUGUGGACAGUGGGAUUCUAUCUUACCGAAUUGA